AUGGGAAAGAUAAUAUUCUAUGAGGACAAGAACUUUCAGGGCCGCUCCUAUGAAUGCAGCGCUGACUGCCCUGAUAUGACCUCUCAUUUUAACCGCUGCAACUCCAUUCGAGUAGACAGUGGCAACUGGAUACUGUAUGAGCACCCAAAUUACAGGGGAAGCCAAUAUUAUCUAAGAAGAGGAGAAUACCCUAAUUUCCAGCAAUGGAUGGGAUUCAAUGAUUCCAUUAGGUCUUGUCAUCUGACUCCUCAACAUCGUGGUCCAUUUAGAAUGAGGAUAUAUGAGAGGGAAGACUUCAGAGGACAGAUGAUGGAGUUCACUGAAGAUUGUCAUCAUGUUUUUGAGCAGUUCCAUUAUAAUGACAUUCACUCCUGCAAUGUUUUGGAUGGACAUUGGGUUUUCUAUGAAGAACCUGGCUACAAGGGGCGUCAGUAUUACCUGAGAUCUGGAGAGUACAGGAGAUAUAAUGACUGGGGGGCCUCAAACUCCAGAGUUGGAUCCUUCAGGAGGGUUCAGUAUCUUCAGUAA